CCGAGUGUGAACGGCCGAAAACCUGCAUUAGUUUUGCAUUGUGUAAUUUCAUCAACAGCUUUCUAGCCGUACAGAAUAGCAUCUUCUUCCAAGAGAUUCUGAAAGAGGGCGUGAAGUGACCAAUGCGCAAUGUCGGGAACAAUGUCAAACUGUAUUGCAUUUCAUACACAGAUAGCCUCCAUCAUGGAGGUACUGGCGAAUGCGGCCGUGGCAGAAAUCUGUCAAGUUGUAGACGAUGGCUACGCCGUUCUCCGCUUGGAAGUGUCGCAGUACCAGAAGGAGAACAAAUCUUUAAAGAGAAAAAUACAGAUGAUGGAGCGCCAAAGUGCGCGGCGAUGCGCAGAGAGAGCGGGAGAGCGGACAGGCGCCGUAAGUUCCAGCGCUGGUGAUGGAGCCCAGGUUUGCCGUAAAUUAAGAGCAACAACAGGAGAAGAUCGUUGUUUUACCACAGGGGAGAGCGUCUUGGGCAAGCGCCUGGACGUCAGUCUGAAAAGGGAUGAACAGCCCAUGGUUCUGAACGAAGAUACUCAAGAGCAGUGUGUAGUCAAAAGAGCCGAAGUCUGUUCGCGCAUACUCGGCACGGACAUAGUGUGUGCAGAAACUAGGGGAACUAGACCUGAAUCGCUCGUCAUCAAAGAGGAGAGACUUAAAGUGAACACUGGGCCUCAGAGGGAACUGAAGAUCAGGGAAGAAAGAGCUGUUGAGUUGGGUUUCGCUGGCGAUAAGGAAGGAAAUCCUGUGAACACAGAGACUAAAGCAGCUCAACACACAGAGGAGCUCACUGAGCAGCACAGGACCAGACACAGUGCUUGGGAGGUCAGUGGAUUGGAGGACGUCCUCAAAGCAGAACCGGAUAAAGACAGUGUCAAGACACUCCCGUCUGAAGGGUCUGAGUACAGGGCUGGAAGACUGAGCAGUCUGGGCUCUGAGAGUGUAAUGUGUGAGAGAACCAGUCAUCUGGGGACGUGCUUUACACAGGGGAGAGCAAACGCAGAGGCUGAGGACCCGUCUUGCUCCUAUGCUGCAGAAAUGGACUCGGAGAGUCUGUCGGUUCACUCACAGCUGCAGUCGGCUCCUGCAGCAGAAGGUGCUGGAAGCAGUCUGUCCUCGUUCGCUUCUUUUGACUGGAAGCCUGAGAUAGUCAUGGUUGAUUCUGCGGCCGUCAAACUGGAGGGCGAGAUGCCGUCUGUAUGGGACAAGGGGACCACUGAGAUCACAGGACACGCGCAACAAAGGCAGUAUGAAGAAAGCGGAGAGGGAGAAGGCGCUCGGUCAGAAAGCGUGACAGCCGUUUGUCUUCCUCGUGCUGAAAUGGCGGUCAGAGACAACCCGGCAGCGUCAAGAUGCGUGGUGUCAGAGAGUGAGAAAGCUCAUCACAGGCUUGGCAUGAGUGAGAAACGGCUGUUUUACACAUAUUUUGAAAAGGGUUACAGCCGCCCAAAAGACAGCGAAAUGCACCAUAGCAUGGACGCGGGUGACAGGCAGUUCAGCUGUACUCAGUGUGGGAAGCAGUUUGCUCAUUCGGCUAAUCUUAAAAGGCAUCAGAGGGUGCACACAGGAGAGAAACCUUUUAGCUGUACACAGUGUGAGAAGCGAUUCUCCCAUCAGCACCAGCUUAAAAUGCACCAGAGGGUCCACACUGGAGAAAGACCAUUCAACUGUACACAUUGUGGAAAGCGAUUCACACAGUCAAGUCAUAUAAAAAGACACUUGAGUGUUCACACAGCAGAGAUCCUUUAACUGCAAGUCACGUCAACUUCAUGAAAAUUUCUGCUGGGGAGGAACCAUUUGCUUGCACACUCCGAGGUUUUUUUAUGCCACUGGAGCAUAAACCCAAUGUGUGCCCUCUUAAGAGGGUACCUAGACACUUUGUAUGACUUUACUGCAGAAUUACCCCCAGUCUCACCUGAUUACCCACUAAAGCUUCUGACGGUGCAGUGGGAAUGUUUGCUUUUUAGGCUGAGGGUACAAAGUAAGAUUAUAGUUUUAGUAAUGUAGUGUGUUUUUAUUUGAAGAGAUGCUUCUUUCUGAAGUAAAGGUUGUGUUCAACAUUGCAGUAACCAAUGUAUUUUACAUGUC